CGUUCGUUGGUCGAAUGUGAUUGAUAAUUCGUGGUUGUCAUCCGUGAGGUCCCUUGAAUAUGAUCAAUCCAGUCAAAAGGUUGGUAUGUCAGGUUGAAUUGCUGUUGCUACUGCGAAUAAUUGUGUAAUUUUGUUAGGUCUUAUUCAAAAUUAAUGAAAACUUCUCCGGCGUAUGAAACUUUCACAUAGUAGAGUCAUUUUCCUAUAAAGACUGGUUCUUAAACUUAUGAGUCUGUGGAUGAAAUAUAUAUUUUCUGAUAUUUUGCAACGUCGCUUUGCUAUUUAAUUUCACUUGUUUACAGCUCCCUAGGGAUUGGUAGGCUGUUUGUUCUUUAGUCUAUGCCGAAUAAUUUUAAAAUAGUCUGCUUCACAACCGUGCAAUGUGUCGUCACGCAACGCUCCUCCCAACAAACGCCUUUUGAGCAAAGUAAUAUUAAGCUAAUUCAUGAAAUACUAGCCUUAGAAAGUGAAUGUUAUCAACAAACCCACCUGGGGUGCUGCUUCAAAUACCGUAUUUAUUCGAUUAACCGCCCUGGGCGCUUAUUAAAUUUUUGGACCUUGGAGGUGGGCGCUUAUUCGAGGUGGGCGCUUAUUCGAGGCUAGGUGCUUAUUAAAUUUUGACCAUUUUCAGCAAGUGAAGUAUGUUUGUUUUGCAACAAAACAAUAAAUGCUAAUAACAAAACGCGAAAGAAGUAACAAAGUAAGGUUUCUGUAAAAUACGCUGAAGAAAUUAUCUUUGGGGAAGUCUCUUAUUAGAAUUUAUUCAUUCAAGUGGGUGGGGUGGGGGUGAGCGCUUAUUUGAGUUUGAUUGGGAGGAGAAGGGAGUGGUCGCUUUUUUGAGGCUGGGCACUUAUUAUCUUUUUUUGCCCUUAGGAUGGGCACUUAUUCGAGGUUGGCGCUCAUUCGAGGUUGGGGGCUUAUAAUUCGAAUAAAUACGGUGUUGUGAAUUCUCUCUUAAAUGUGUUUGUGGGGAGGAAUGUUGCUUAGGCUAAAUAAUGAACCGAGCGAGUAUAUCGUUGUUAUCACAGAAUUAUACAGCGAUAGUCUGUGUACAGGCUAUUCAGCGAAGGAGAUCCUGUUCAAGUGGCUUAACGCUCUUUGGGUAAGUCUUUGUUUAUUACAGAAAUACUGCAGUUGUUCUCCCAGCUUUCGGACGUGUGCAGUCAUAAAAGUUGAGUUCAACCAGAAGUUUAAAGAGGCUGUUUCAUUAGUCUGAAAUGUCAUAUGUCUCCACUCUCUAACACGUGGGGGAUGCGCCCCGCAUGGGUCAGGGGGUGGAGAUGGUGUAGUCAGUGUAGUUAGUGUAGUCAAUGUAGUCAUAUAGUUGAUGUAGCUUGGUGUAGUGUAGUCAUUGUGGUCAGUGUAUUCAUUGUAGUCAAUGUAGUCAGUGCUUCGUUUCAGCAUUAAGGACAACAACAAACUAACUGCAGAGUAAGUUUCAUUGACUUUUAUUUAGUAUAUUUCCUACAAAUUUUAGGAUCAUAUUUUUACCCCAUACAAACACUGUAAUAUUAUUUUACUGCAACCGUACUGUGGUACUAUCACAGAGCUUGGGUACCUGUGAGAAAACAAAGUGAGAACAUUACAAAGCCUUUGGGACUUCCACAAAGAACAAAUGAAUUUUACUUGUUGGCACUUGCCGAAAGGUACUGCUAGUUUAAUGUAUGAUAUGCACCCAUGCAUUUUUCUUCAUUUGAGUUUCGCUACCAGAAAUGGCAUUUAUUGUAACCAUUUAAUUAUUACACUGGACAUUUAAUUUGUAUUUGCAGGAUUUAGACAAAGACUAACAACAUAAGAAAAUGGUGAAGGAUAACUUGAAGGUAAUAAAACACCAUCACCCUAUUGCAAAAUGGCGGCAAAUUUUUUCAGUUACGUCUUCGUGAUAAUUGACCCUCCAUGCCUCGUUUAAAGAUCAAGUUACUUUUGAAUUCUGCAGCUGUAAUUGAGGCAAAGAGGGCUAAUUAAUAGAAAUAUGAAGGAAGAGUAAUACUGCGAUCAUUUUGGAAUAAGAUGUAUAUGAUUUAUUGUGAUAUGUUCCCUGCUAGGUUAUUAAAAGACCUUUAUGUACAUGUGGUGAGUAAUUCUGCUCCUGAAGGGACAGACCAUUGGCAAUUACUGGAGGCCGUGGCGGGGGGGGGUCUUCUGUUAUUACUCAUCAAAAGAUUUACACACGAUUUUAAUAAAUCUGUAACAUAUUGUUUAAUUCAAUCAUUUCGAGAGAUAUCUUCUCUAGAGAUUUAGUGAACAACAAGUACGCUCUGCGACGUGUUUUCAAAGAACUGACAAUAACAAAAUCACAUAUUAUAAUUGAUAACUAGCUAAGUUUCUUUUUGCAGUGUGUCUGUUCCAAAAUUGAUCACAAAUGAGAUCAAAAUGUGUUUAAUGAACAAGUUGCACAAUGAACCACAAGCGACUUUUUCUCUACUUUUCUAUUUUUGCAAAUUUUCUUUCAACUUAUUCACUCACUUCUUGUUAAGUGAUGACUAUAGCCUGGGACAAGACUCCAAAGUGGAGGAAAAAGGUGAAGAAAAUCAGCGUUCUCUUUUGCUGUGUCACCCUGGUUUUGCCUCCCCCCCCCCUCCCUACUAGGAAGCCUUGAUCGCCCUAAAUCACUUUGUCUUGGUAUUAUGUUAUCGUUACUGGUAAAGUACAUUUUGUUGUUUUGACCAUUGUCAUUAUGCUGUAGGUAAAAGUGAUUUCAGGUUAAAUCAGUAACGAACUUAGUUUGAUUCAGAAUUUUCAUUUUUCUGGUUUACUGAGCACAGAUUUUACCUACAAUGAAUACACUAAUAUAGUUAUUGUUGGGAAUCCCUAUCGUACACAUUGCAUGUCACUACCUCUGCACGAAUGUAUUUUUCUCUGUACUACCACUUGCAGGAUUUUUUUUCCGACAAGUUUCCCUUGCAGGAUUUUUUUUGGGGGAAUUUUCAUCCCACCUUUGGUUAUUUCUAAUGGUUCACUCCUAAAGUAAGCCCCUUUAAAGGUAAUUCCUUUAGUUGUUGAAACAAACAAGUGGCUAUAAUGAAAUUGAAAAUAGUCACAGGUGUCUCCUUUGAUAAUGGGGGCUUAGGAAAUUUGUAUGGUAGUUUAUGAAGAACAGUGAUAUUCUUACCUCCCCGAGAUGAUAGUACUUAAGGCCCCUAAUUAAACCAUUUACUCUUGUUAUUGUUUUAGAUUUUGCAUGUUUUGGGUUCACCCUCGGAUGACUACAGCUUCAACUUGAAUAUGUAUUAUGGAGGCUCCUUUGAUGAUGGCGUGGGAUCUGGAAAGUAUUCCUUCAGCUACGCCUUAGCUCGACCGGAUGGCACUUGGUCAUUUGUAAAAAGACUGUCUGACAUUGUAGAUGUGGAAAGAGGAGAGGAACGAGAAAAUGACUUGGAGAAGAUGGACAUCACAGCCGCCUUACAGCACAUAAAAUCUGUCAUCAAACCUGAUCUGGCUCUAAUCCAGUUUGCUUGCCUGAAAGGAACAACAGCUUUCUGGUAAGAGACAUAAGGAUGAUGACGAUGAUGAUUUUUAUUAUUUUAGCAAAAUUUCAAAAGUGAGCGGUGAACGUAUUGCGUCGACUGGAUUAGCGUUGGAGAAGCGGUACCUAUCGGUGUGACUGCUGUGUAUACGCCAAGACGAUCUAAGCAGAAUCAUGGAAACGUGCGUCCACUCGAUGAAAAAAGUCAGACGUGUUGAAUUAAGUGUUACAUUAGCUUACACUAGCUAAUAAUUUAAUUCCGCGGUGUCCGUAACAGAGCCUACAAUUUAUGUGGUAAUGUUAACGUAUGUAAAAGUAGUAUCUGUAGGACCGGGUCUGAAUGAAUGAACUUUAUUUAAGUGUCAGAGUAUUUAGCUAGAUAUUAGCUAUCUGUGGACGCUAAAAGAAUUAGAUCAGUUGGUGCUUGGAACGUUUCUUUUUGCGCACAAUUUGCUUGCUGGCUUUAAUACAAGUGGUCCAAUCUAAGAUAAGAAAUACUCAUUUACCUCUUUUUCGUCCAGACCAAGAACCAUAUACUGUGGUCAGGGUCCAAACCAUUUCUAACUUACCGAAAGGUAAGUGUUGAACCAGAAAAUUGAAGUAAACGGACGUACAGACAGCUUUAGUGUCCGUAACGUUACAAAACGCUUAAUUCUUUAUGAAUGUGAUCACGUAAAAACGUGCUUUCACGUGAUGAAAAAAGUCUGGCAAGUUGAACCAAGUGUAACAUUAUACAAUUUUACACUUAAAGCUAAAUAGGAUUCUCAUGUCCACAACGGUGCUAGUUUUUCUUUCAUUUUUCAUUCCUUGUGAUUGCCUGAAGGACUUUACCGUGUAUAAAUAAAGUCAUCUUAUCUUAUCUUAUCUUAACAUUGAACGCGGGAAUUGCUUCUUUUUCACUUUACAAAACUUUUUAGUGCUAAAUUUGGUAAAUUUGACUAUUUUAUAUGAAAAAAGGUUAAUUUGAAACAAAUUGGUAACCUUCUUAAAACGUAUUUGGUAGUGCGUUUGUUCACUACAUUAGGUGUGUAAGGCCCAGUUCAAACGUCAAAAUUUUCAUUUACCGAAACUUAUCUCUCCAAUUAAGUACAUGAUCGACGGUUGAAUCAAUUAUGUUCGACAUAUCUAAUUGUGGUCCACCCAUGAAUUGAGUUCGAGUGGGCCACAUUUGAAAUUCGACUGAGAAGCGCCUUCGUUUCAACCGUCGAACUUUUCAUGUGCCGAACCUAAUGCAUUAAUUACUAUAAUUAUUUUCACUGGUAAACUUAUAACUACCGCUCUCGUAUAAUGAGUUUGUUUACAUUGACUAAGUGAUUCCGUAUUGUUCUUGAUCCCUUGUUCUUCUCAUUUUAAAGGGCUCUUUUCGAAGCGCUGGAUAUUCCUCUUAUAGGUGGAUCAGCAGAGUCGCGUUACCUUUGCAUGGACAAACUAAAAACGCGGGCUGUUUUACUGGUCUACAACAAUGUUUCUUGUGCUGAGGGAUUGACUCUUAACAAAGGUACUUUUUGCUGGAAUUCAGACAGGAAUUAUUAACAAUUAUUCCUCGAGCCCGAGUGGGCUCUGAGUAAAUAGCCCAUGAGGCCGAGGGCUGAAUGGGCUAUUGACUCAGAGGCCAUGAGGGCGAGAGGAAUAAUUGUUUUAGUAAAAUCCGACUAGUCGGUCAAAAAUAUCGAGACAAAACAACUUUAGCUAGCAAAACGCGAUUCAGCGACCAUUUUUAUGGUUUUCAAAGCCGGCGCUUUUCGCUACUAGUGGUCUAUAACAUAUAGCCUAGUAGUAGCUCAACCAAUCAGAACGCAGCAUUGAUAAUAGACCAAUAGUUGGAUUUUACUAAAAAAUAUUAGCCUCCAACGCAGACGUUCUUAGGCAAUAGAGCUAGAACGUCUACGUGGGAGGCUAGGAAGAUGUAGCAUUCUCUCUUGGGUUAUAGUCUCGGAACGUCACGUCCGCAUGGGCGACCUGUGAGCAAGCUCUCUUGAGAGGGAGGUCAGGGGUCAAUUUCCCUGAAAGUGUUCAAAGUAAUUACAGUAGUCGAUCCCUGUAUUUUUUGGUCACAGGAGACCCAAUACCGUCUGCUCAUAUCAAGUACCCGUGUGUUGUCAAAGCAAGCAAAGGUGAAGAUUCCAAAUCAGUGCGACUGGUAAAGGACCAGCAGUCUUUAGAUGCAGCUGUUGAGCAUGCGCUGACUUAUUCGAACCAAGUAAUCAUCGAAAGGUAAGUUACAUCUUUAUCUGAAAGGGCGUCCAGUAUGAUAAAUAUUUUAGCCAAGAAAUUCUGAAUCAGCGUCUGGUAAAUUGUCUCUACUAAAUACACUUCCGCUUUUAAGCCCUGGGCUUAUACAACUUCGUAAGGGGUCUUAGGGGGGCUUAUACCGGGUAUAAGGCGUUUCAAAACAAGCAAAAUGGUUGUGCUGAUCAAAAUGCUUUUGGAAUUUACUGGCUUUGUGAAGGGGGGGUGGGGUUAUUUUUAUAAGUGGACGUUUACGGCAUAACUAAAGAAACAAAACAUGGGAAACAUGCUUUCAAAAGAAUGAUGGUUGUCGUAAAAACAUCGUUCGUUAUGAAUGUAUUUGUGCUGAAGCAUGUUUGUGUUUUUGUACAGAUUCGUAGAAGGACGGGAGUUUCGUUGCGCUGUAGUCAAAUCAGAAAAAACUGGGGAUAUAAAGGCGUUGUCCUGUAUGGAGUACAAUGUACCUGCGAAGAACAUUCGUGAGGAUAAGUUACUCUGCGCCGAUGAAAAGGGGUUACCUGUUUGUUGUGAGUAAUCCAUUUUUCUAACGAUAAAAAUUAUCCAACUCCAACGAAGUGAUUCAAAGCUCAGUCAAACAUUCUAUAAUUGAGCUGCCAAUGGGACAACAACAGAAACUAACACCCACGAGCGUAGUCACGAAACCAAGUAUGUGUUGUGAAGCCCACAAAGAAAUCUAAACGUCGUACCUAUCAAAUAGGCAUUGCUCAAUAGUUUGUAGUAGAGGGUUAUGCAUCUAAACCCCAAUUGAUUAGUAGUAGAGUUCCACAGGGGUCAAUUAAAGGCUCGUUGCUGUUGUCAACAAAUAUAAAAGAUCUUCGUUGGUGUCUUCUUCAUACCAAAACACAUAUGUUUGCCGAUGGCACCACAAUAAAUGCAUCUUCCCUAUCCUCUGCUGAACUGAUGUGCCAAUGUGAAUAAUAACGGAAUACAUGUUUUUAACAACUGAUUUCAAAAACGUGUCCAAACAACAAUUGAAAAUACUUAGGAAUCCACCAUGAUGAUUCAACUUUACUAAAAGAUAAAUCAAUCCUUCAGUGGUCUUACAACUGUUACAAGCAGGCAAGUGUUAUGUUCUAAAUUUAAUUUGCAAAUCUUUUAUCCAGCCUGUAAUUGACGGUACUGCUGUGACGUUGUUUGGGAAAACUUUUAGAUUAGGCACUUAUUACUAAACUCCAGAAAUUGCAAAAUCGUACUUCGUUUCGAAUUAAGCACCAAUACCUAAACAAAAUAAUUAAACCGGUAGGAGCUUGCCUCAGGGCGGCAAAGGCUUUUAAGCCUAUUAAUGAAAACAGUGAAGUAAAAGUAUCCGAAUCAAAAGCUAUUUUAAAAAUAUAACAGGCUAUGUGGUAAGAAGAGAAUACUGAGAAUACUGUUACCUAGAUUUUUUCGUCUGCACACACUGUAUUGCUUUUAGAGUAGUUUUAAAGUAUUUACUUUUCGGUUUCAUUACGCUUUUAAAAGAAUUGUUUCAACCUCUAACUCUCUUUCUAUUUCUACAGGUAAGGCACCAGAAAGUAAAACUUGGUUUCUUGACCCCGCAAAGGAAGGAGAAUUAAUAAACCGCAUCCAGCAGCAAAGCUGUCAAGCUUUUCAAGAGUUAGACCUGCAAGAUUUUGGCCUUUUCGACUUCCGAGUGGACCGCGAAGGAAAUCCAUUUUUUCUGGAAUGUAACCUGUUCUGUUCGUUUGGUUCCAAGAGUGUAGUCAAUGUAAUCGCUAAGGAGUCCGAUUUUACCGAUGAAAGUUUGUUUGAUUUAAUGGUUCAGAACGCUUUGUUACGGAAAGAGAAGACUUCUUAAAAUAAUGAAUUUACGCUAUCUUAUCGUAACAGUUUUUCUAACUACUGCUACAUACAAUUUUUGCUAGCUUCCAAACGGUCACAAGGAAGCAGGGCUGGAGAAAAUGCCGGGGGAGGAUCAAAGGGUAAAAGGUGUGAUACCUACCUUUAUUACACGCCAGGAGCUGUACACGCAUACGGUGAAAACCCGCGUAUAAGAACCUAGAUUUUUCCAACUUAGCCUAGUAAAUAGGUUCUUAUAGAAAUGGUACUCAGUGGGAUUUUAGGCUACUUAGGUUCUUAAAUAGGUCCUUAAUUUGAUAGGGGCACUAGCGAUCAGCACGUGCAGAUAACUUCUACAGGGUAUAUGUGAUAU